AUGUCGACGGCCGCACGACUUCUCGCGCCCUCCACAGUCCAGGACGCCACAGGUUUCGCUUUGCAAUUUGCUAUUAAGGCGACGAGUACGAGUUCCUCUCCGCUUCCUCACUCUCUGGCGACUCUAACGGGCUCAAUCACGAGCGGCUUCCCUGCGCAAUCUGUCUUUUCGGGGACAGGUGCGGGGCCCGAAAGAAACAACCCGCAGUGCGUUUCGAGCAGACAGAGACUCCAUGAACUGAAGGAGCUCGAACUGCUUCAGCGGCAGGAGAAAAUUCAGCGCCAGUUGGCGCUCUUUCAAGAGGCUCAGAGGCAAAGAGACGCAGCGGCCGAGAAGGGCGGACUCGAGCAGGAAACUGUGCUGCUGGGCAGAAACAGAACCACUCAGAACAGCCACUGCAGAGCGGCAGACUUGGAGAAGAAACGGAAACAAGGAGCCGCUGCCCGUGCACCACGCGGAGGAAGUGAAGCUGGACACUCAGAUGAUCCUGUUCAUGACGGAGACUGCCACAGGCCAGGUUCUGCCUCUAGAGAGAAAGAAAGCAACGUUAGAGUCGACAUCUAUGGAGACCGACAACCGUUGAAAGCCGUACAAGACCCGAGUCAUGACAGGCGCUGCUGUGCAGGGGGGCGUUUGCCGCUGCCGACGCGUGGCUCAGGCUUUGGAGAGUCGAUGCGGGGGAAACCUGGAGACGCAACACAAAGUAUCUCUCCUGGUAGGGCCGGAGAGGAGCCUGCUCAUGAAAAGAGGGAAGCUGAGAAUUUACAGCCUCGAAGCGACGCCUGGAACAGGCUCCCAUCCGGGCACUUCCCGUCUUUGUUGGAUUCCCUGAGCGAAGACCCGCUGUCGCUGUCGCACCUCUGCGGCAACACUUCGUCUCUCUUCCUCUCGUCUUCCUCGCUUUCUCUCGGGUUUCUGGCGUCUUCCCGGGGUGCGCCCUCGGACGCAGAGGCAGGGCCGUGUCUCCCCUCGUCGCCUGGCGCGUUUUCCCCUCAGAGGCCGGAAUCUGUGUUUUCCUUUUCCUUCUCUCCGCCUCAAACCCAGUCGACUCGCUCGCCGACGCUUCUCCAGUGCGAGUGGGGCGCCACGGAUCCGCAGCACCUGUCUCCCUCACUGCCGGGCCGCCCCGCUGGUGAGCCGCCCAAGCAGGCCGAAGGGAAGUCGCGCACGGCGAGAAGGAGUUUCAGCUGUCGCGAGGGACUGUCAGCUGACGCGAAAACAGACGCAGAAGGCCGCCGGCGCAGCUCCAGCGCAACGCCCGGAGUGUCCAGCCCAGGGGCCAUGAUUUUCGAGUUGAGUGCGCGAGCAAUUGACGAGAGAGAGACACCGCGGAGCGAAGGCGGACGCCCCCCCAGCUACAUUCUGCCGUCUCCUCAAGCGCGGGAUAUCUGUCCCCCGCACAAACACCUGGCUCAGCAGCUGAAACUGCGGGAACGAAAGCAGCAAGAAAGGCUUCAGCGCCUCCAGCGGCAGCAGCUGAGAGAAGACGCGAGAAAGCGGUUGAAUCAGGCCCGCGGAAAGUGCCAAAAGGCCCAAGAAACCUCACGUCAAAAAGUGCCCGUCGCCCUCUCCGGGGGAGAUGUGCUUCCCACAGCUUCGGGGACAGCCCCACGCGCUUCCACGGCGGCUGCGGCGCCAGGUCGCGGGAAGGAGACACCCGUCCCAGCCAAGGGCGCGUUGCUUUCACUGUCUGCGCACGCAUCUGCGAAAGCUUCCGUCCGGAGGCUUUCAGAGCGAGCGAGCGAAAAACAUGCGAAGGCGGGAGGCCUGUCGCCAUCGCCAACUCGGGAGGCUCGUGAAGAAUCGAUUUCUCGGGAGGCAACGGCCAAGUCUGUGGGGCCCAAGACUGGGGCGAUCCGCAGAAGUCUCCAGGAGGGACUGCCUCACUCGCAAGCAGCAGCAUCUUUGAAGGCGCGGCAUAAAGCGGAUUUCGCCCUGGGCGAAGCGACAGUCAUUGUGCCACUGGGGACGCCUGGUGUGGCAAGCGUUGCAGCCAAUGCGCCACGAAGAAAGAGUGCUGAGGGCAAGGCGAGAAAGAGUGGAAUCCGAGUCCCCUGCGCUUCUCAUCCACUUCAUCCGGAGGCGACGCGCUCAGAGGACAAAAAAGACUCACGUUCCAGAGGCCGAGACGACGCCGCCACAGCUUUGGGCUCCGGGUCUCUGACGGAAGGGACUGGGUCGGCAAGAAAAGACUGUUUGACGGGAAAGAGUCGAGAAGGAAAAGUGUUGGCGGCGGCACCUCCCGCCUCUCCGAUUCGCCUCUGUUUUGCGCAGGCGAAAGUCUCUUCCACGCGGAUCGGAGGAAAAGGAGAAGGCAAAGCAGAAGCAAAGAGAGAGCGCGGGACUGCUCUGGUGGUCUGCGGCGAGGGCCUGCGACGCCCCAAGGGGCCGCACGCGGGAGGGAAAGGGACCAUCGAGGAUCGAUUCCGUGCAGAAACGGAAGACAGUGGUCGAACUGCUCAGGCAAGAAACGCGUCGACUGAGGAUGACGGCGAUAGGCUGCGUCAGAUUCUCCAGAAACUCCGCACCCGCCUUCUGGAGAGACAAGAGUACAGGGACGGUCGUCGCCCAAGUGUGGAAGUUAAGGGCGGCGGAAAGCGCAUGCCGGUGCCUGGAGACAAAGAAGGGCGAAAGCCAAGGAAAGUCGCCGGUCUUGAAGAUCGAGACGACGUGCCUCGCGAAGACGCUGGACAGCCGGACUACUGUUCACGCCGCCGAACGUCUCCGAUUUCCGAUUCUGGAGGAGGCGGGGCCGGAAAAGAAGAACAGCGUCUGACCUCGGUUGCCGAGCGUAGACAGCGCGUGCGGACCCAGCCAGAACCGAUCUACGGCGAAAAGAAAGUGACGGAACGACCGACAGGCCACACUCGUCGACAGAGACGGGAGAUCGAUGAACCGGCGCGCAGCGUUCGGACACGAAGCAGCGCAGAUUCCCGCGACACGUGGGCGAGGAGCGCCACCAGCGGCGAGAGCGACAGCAGUGGGUGGAGCAUUGUGGAGCGCCUUCGGCGGAUUCUUCGAGUCGCAGGAAAGGAGACGAGAAACGCAGAGACAGGGGAGUCUUCGACACCCGCUCGGCAAAGAGGACGGCGGGACAGCAAACGAGGACCGAGUGUCAGCAGCAGUGGCACGAGUGUUACAGCAACGAGCGGCAGCCGAAGACGCCGGCGAGGCCGGAGCGGAAGACGUGAGGCGAGGCGUCUUCUAAGGAACGCACUCUGGCCGGAGAAGCAUGAGACUUCUCGUCUUGCGCUUGCGGAGCGGCGCACGUCGUGUCGGCCACGUUGGCGUUCGUCAUCCUCGUCUGUGUCUUCGGAUACCUCCAGCGCUUCGCGUCGGCAGUUGUCUUCUCUCUCUUCUCGCGCUUCGUCUGUCUCUGCGCCCGCGUCGACUAGCUCGCGGGCUUCGCCUCUGGCGGCAAGCUUCGCCAGCAGCACCAGCAGCGGAUCGUCGCCUUCUCUCAUCACCAAAUGGCUCCACUACUCUGCGGCGCUUCUCCAGAGCCAGGGAAGUUUAGCCGGCAGCGGGAGCGCGUGGGCAUCGCCUGAACAGGCUUCGUCUCGUCCUGGAGCCGAAUCUCAACGGACCCGGAGAGACGCAGGCAGAGGCCGUGCGUUGCUUUCAAGGCCCGAGCGGGGAAAAGAGACCCUUCGCGCGCAGCGAGAAGACGAAAGGGGAGCAACGCAAGAUAAAGAGGGGGUAAGGACAGGAGGCGCUCAUUCGAGCUCUCCUCACAGACCUUGUGGUACCAAGAUAUCGGUGGGUAGGGCGCAUGUGGUGGCGAGUCCAGGAAGAACGAGGCGAGCCGGAGAGAAGACAAGCUACAAUCCACUCACAGAGGACCCUGAAGAAGUCGUGCGCCGCAUCAAGAAGCGCCUGGGGCUUCCGGUUUCCCCCAGACGAGACGCUUCCCGUCCCUCGUCAGUCCAGUCCUCGCCGUCCCAUGCCUCCUGUUCUCCCGGCGGAAAACGUCGACUGAAACGCGAGGGGAGGAACGAGGACGCGACGGCGAGGGCCCGUAGAGCGUGUGUGCGUCUCGCUGAGGAGCAGGAGCAAAGACGCUCUCUCGGCACAAGAAACCCACUGUCUCCUGGAAGCGGGAGGUCGAGCAUGCUUCGGGAACCUAGCGGCGAGCGCAGGACGGCAGGAAACGUGCGUCUGAGUGGGGACAAAGGCGCGUCUCUCCGUGUCCACAGCUCCUCGAACGCGCGUGCCUUCGCAGGCAAAGCUUCCUCAGGGAGAAACGGGGACUCUCAGACUCCCUCGCGAAAGUGGCAGCCGCUCUCCAGUCUUUCCCUCUCUCUUUCUUCUUCGUCUCUGCCGGACUCGCCUUCGAGGGGAGACGACGCGGGUGCCCCCGAGAGACGCCAGCGCGGGUGCGAGGACGCCUCUCCAAUCGCUGGCCGCCUUGUAGAGGAGGAGAAGUCUCGCGGCCGCGUGCGGCAUUCGGGUUCCGGCCUUUAUCUGUCGCGUUCCGCCUCGCCGACGAGGGAGGAGAGGAAAGGAGGAAAGGCAAGGAAGCGGAAAGAGAACGCGGAAGAAAGGCCACAAAUGACUCGAGUGGAGAUCGACGUCAGCAUUAUUCGGCCAGAAGAGCGAGAAGCGCCCCAGAAGACGGAGGCGAGUCCCAAGACGUCGCCGACCCGUGUCGCUGGUGGAAGGCUGUCUCUUCCUGAGGAGACGAGGACGGACUUGCCAAAGGAUUCAUACCAACCGAGCCUGGGGGCAGACUCGUCUCAGCUUCUGUCCUUUUGUGUCUCUGACGAGGAUUCGGGUGAAGAGGAACACAAAGGGACGCGAAUGUUGACGAACCCCGGACACAGCGGCGGCAGAGUCUCCUGUAGCUCCCCUGCAGAUAGGGGACAGAGGAAUCCGCUUGAGGAGAGUCCCUCGAAAAGAGGAGAGACACUUCCACCAGAGCGCCUGGCUUCUGUCUCCUGGGUCUCUGGCUGUGACGACCCGCACGGGCCGCUGCGGAUCUCUGCGCUGCUCCAUUCUCUCUCACAGUCAUCUGGCGAGUCGGCAGCCGUCGGAGGGACUGUCUCUGGUGCCCAGGCUCCCCAGGAGACAAGGAUCGCCUCUCCUCGCGGUCGGGGCUCCAGUGAAUCGGCUCAACACAGCGAGGACGCGAAACCGAAAUUGGAGGAAGGCGACAGGCGAGAUGAGAACAACUGGAUGGCAAGGACGCAAGAGGGAGCGGGCGAAGACUCGGCGCGGAUGUCGGACGAUGCAGGGAGGCUCCAGACAAACGCCUUGCAGAGAGAGUGUAGCAAAGACCAUGGCAGUUCAUCGCCGCCUCGUGGCGAGGAACGAGACUCGAGAGCUUCGGUGGAUCACGGUGAGCGAGCGUCGUGGGAGGGCGCAGGAGACAAACCUCCCAUGAAGACAGAGACGGAACUGUCCGUUUCCUUCGCCCCCAUUCUUGAAGAGAAGGAACUGAGUAAAGGUCAAGCCUGUCUCGCGAAGGCUCCAGAGACCAUGGGCCCCGAAACAGGAGAACUCGCUUUGCAUGCGUCGGAAACGAAGGCUGUUUCUAUUCUUCCGCCAGCCCACCGUUCAGGUGCCCCAAGAGAUGAAUCACAAGAAAGUCGGGAAUUGGGAUCGACUCUGUCUGCCCAACUCGCGGAUAUCCAGCAGUUGCAGAGUCUCUUGGCGGAGGCAGAGGCCCUCGAAAGGUCGCAUGUGUCUCUUCUUCUGCGCGACGACGGCGGGAUCUCUGAGGAGACGCUGUCUGGGGUCGGAAGGGGAAGGGGGCUGGUGAGCAGCGACCGGCGUGAGUCCCGAGAAGAGACCUCCGAGCCUGGGAAUUGGACAGUCGUGCGCGAGGCCCAUCACGGCGCCCCACAGGACGCCCCAGAAGAAAAACCGAGGUUGUCUGUCCACAUCUGCCCCGCGGAUGUGUCCAGGAAGGAUGGACCACAUCCGGACGCGCCGGGAGAGGGAAGCGGUGGCGGAGGGCCUUUUUCUUCUGCGGAGAGUGCGGGGCGUGGUGAGGAAGAGAGCGUAGACGAGGCGCUGAGAGAGCGAGGAGUCGAGAGACAGGACAGGGACCGAAGACAGACAGGGAGGGAAGGCGGGGUGGUACUGAGAGAUCAAGAGAGAGAACACGAGAGCAGCAGGAAAGAGGAUUCACGCUUGGAAGGCCAGUCUGUGGCGCCGACAUUCGAUGCUGCACAAGGUCAAGAAGCGACGCGAUUGCCCGUCGAGGGGAACGAGCGAAGCGCGACCGUUUCGACAGAGACUGAAAGGUGCUUGACGGAGAGAAGCACUUGCGUGCGCUUGGGUGCACGUGAGUCGAGAGACAUUAUCCCGGUCGCCUCGCACGAGCGAAACAAACAGCCAGCGGAGGACAGCAAAGAGAAAGAGGAAGGAACCGAUGCAGACGAGGGCGAGAACGCACGGUUCGUCUUGCUUAAUCUUUCCCGUUCGCUCACUCCUUCCCCGAGUGUCGCGCCGCUUGGCCGGUCUGCUCUCGCUGCAGGACGCGAAGGCCAAGAGAGACAGCAGUCGGAGGGAGAACUCGCUCUGCCCAAUGCUGGCUCGAUCUCCCCUGCCAAGGCUCCUGCCGGCUGCUUGCCUAGUGUGUGUGCACCCGCGGACGAAAAUCUUCCCUUGGCACUAGCUGAGAUGGCCAUGAGUUGCGUUGCUGGCAGAGAAUUUUUUUCCGGUGACAGACAGAGCGACGUCGCACCGCAGUUUGCGGGGCGGUCCUUUGACGCGCGGGGCCUAGGAGAAGCCGGAGACUCGACAAUGCGUCAGGUUUCGGCUGCGGAGACGGCAUGCAGAGAAGAGACCACGAACCCGAUCUGGGCGCCUGCUGCGAGUGUGCAGGCAGAGCGCCUUGGCGAGCUGUCGCAACCGACAGGUGAAGAGAGAGAGCGGCAUCGCGAAGGCGAAGCGGAGGGAAAAAGUGGACAAGCGCCGCGCGAGAGCGAACACGGCGAUGCAGGUGGUCGCCGUGGCGAUCCGCAGAGGGCGGCGUCUCCUCAGUCGCUCUUGCCAAUGCUCACGAAUCUUCUUCAAAAGCAGCAGCCUCUGCUUCAGAGCUUGCUGGAGCACUUACAGACUCAGCAGGACCACGGAAACUGUGGAAGAGAUGAAAAGGCUUUGGAAACGAACACUGUUCAGAGUUGCGAAAUUCCGAAGACGUCCCAAGCAGAUUCGUCUGACGCCGUCCACAGAUCUCCGGGCUCGCCUUGGAAAGUUUCCAAUCAGGCCUGUAACCUGCAGGGGGGCGGGAUCCCCCACAUUCUCAGUCUGAGGGAGAACACCCUAUCGCUUCCGCUGGGUUACCCCCCUUUUUUUGUCAUGCAGUCUUCGCCCUCAGGGGUGUGUAUCCACCUUGGAGGGACUGCUGGAGAAUCCGCUCACAGGGAGAACGCGUUGUUUGAAGAACAGCGAAACCAUCAAAGCGGCGUCGGACAGCAAGAGACUGAACUGGUUGCUGCACUGACUCACCACGUGGUGCGAGACGUUUCAGAAGGGACAGAAGACUGUUCGGCAGAGAGCUUCAGCGACGGAACGCACGAGGAACGCCCAUCUUCUUGCCUGAAAAAGGGAAGCGAAAAAGGUUCUGCGACGUGGAGAGAGCUGGAAGAACAGCGGCAGGCGGGGCUAGAUGAGGGGCUAGAUGAGGGGGUGCAAGAAGGGAUGACCACACAGCCGGAAGCGCUAGGGGGACAGAGAAAGAGACAUCGUGUGUCCCUCGACGGAGAGCACCAAGGACAGUCGUCUAGCGCGAGACAGUACCCCGACGAGAGCAGUAACGCUGAGCAGAGAAAUAACGCGAACGAGAAGGCAGCGUCGGCGGAAGAGACAGAGGUGGAACAGCUCCUAAAGUGCGUUGGGGUGCUACGGACCCUAUUGAGCUCUGGAGUGUUGAGGAAGGGAACCACGAGGGCGAUGGAGGCAGGUUUCAGUGAGUAUGAUGACACACUGCAGAGAGGGACUGGCUACUACGAGCGCUCUGCUCAGUCGCCUCGAUUCAGUGCUCUCGGGGACUUGGAACGAGGAGAGGAGCGAUACGAAAAAGCGCCGUUUCCUGCGGGCGGAAGCGGCUCAGAAAGGAAGGGAAUCGGCAGAACGGCAAGGCGGACCCGGGGAAUGUUGAGGGCCAGAGAAUCCAGCAGCCCCCGCACGGUGGAGCGUCGAAAAUGGGCCGCAGAGGAUCCUCUUCUGAAGAGGGAAGAAGGUUGCCGACUAGGGGCUCUUUUGGAAGCGAGAACGGAGAACCUCGACAGAAAUUUCGUUUCCAGUCUUCUGUUACCGGGGGGGACACCAGCGACAGACGACGUGGAAGAGAGAGAGCUCAUGGAGUUCAUACGCCAAGUGAAGCGAUCGGAGGGACGGAACACCCACCGUUGGAUCCGCAGUGGAUGCAAGAGUGCGAACGACGGUAUCAGCCAGGACCGCUGGAAGUCUUGGGGGGGAGAAGAAGCCUAUCAUGAGCAGAGACGAAGACUCCACGCAUUCGUGCUGCGAGAGUUAGACGGCGAAGAUUAG